AUGGCGUCGGCGUACUAUGAAUUCUACAGGGGCUCCUCUAUCGGCAUGGCGCUGACGGACUCCCUGGACGAGCUCAUCACGAGUGGGGCAAUAACACCGCAGCUGGCGAUGAAAGUUUUGCAGCAGUUCGACAAGUCCCUAGCGGACACAAUGGUGAAACAAGUGAAGACGAAGACGAAUCUGAAGGGACACCUCCACACAUACCGCCUGUGCGACGACGUGUGGACGUUCAUUGUGAAGAAUCCAACGUUCAAGAUGGAGAGCAACGACAUGGUCAGCUCGCCGAGGAUCAAGAUUAUCGCGUGUAAGAAUGGAGAUGCCAUCGAGGCAGGGAAGAAAUAG